CUACAUGAAAAACAAACCUGUGAAACGGCUUUUACUAGUUUAAGAAUUUAAUUUGGAUUUAUCUUUGCAAGCUAAAGCUUACAUAGAGAUUGUAAUGAGGAAUAUUCACAGAAACUUGUUGUCCUGUCACUUAUGCAGACAAUUCAGGUCACUCUCAGCACAGAAACGCCCCCCUGCAUCAGUAAUAGGGAUCAGAUCCCUUUCUGAUAUAAAGAAGGGAAAUGGUGGCAAUUCAUAUGAAGAUGAUUACAUUUAUGAUGAAGAGGGCAAUGAAAAAAUCCGACCUGGAGGGGGGAAACCAAGGGACCUGGGUAAAGUUCUCAAAGAUUCCAUAUCCCGGGUCCUCUCCUCAAAGCAGGACAUCCCGAGGACGACCAAUGUGGCUAUUGUAGGGGGAGGCUUGGUAGGGUCUGCGGCAGCUUUCUUCACUGCCCACAAGCAAAAGAAGCACGAACAUGAUAUUGUUGUCAUAGAAAAAGAUCCCAUGUACACAAGAGCUUCAUCUUCACUAUCUGCUGGAGGAAUAAGGCACCAGUUUAGUGUACCAGAAAAUGUCCAGAUGUCCAUGUUUACCACAGACUUUCUCAGAAACAUUAAAUAUUUUUUAGGAGAGUUAGAUGAGCCCCCUCCUGAUGUGCAGUUUAAUCACCAUGGUUACUUGUUCUUGGCACCUCGGGAAAAAUCUGCAAAAUUGGCUGAACUCGUAAAAAUGCAAAAGUAUCUAGGUGCAGAGGUUGAGCUCUUUUCAGCAGACAUGCUCAGAGAAAGAUUUCCAUGGUUGAAUCUUGAUGGAAUAGAAGUUGGUUCUCUAGGUUUACAUGGAGAAGGGUGGUUUGACCCCCAUUCUCUCCUAGCUGCUCUGAAAAGAAAGAAUUUAAGCCUCGGAGUCCAGUAUGUUGAUGCUGAGGUUGUGGGAUUUACCAAGAAGUACGAUAAAAAGGGAACCUCAGAUCGCUACAUGUUAGCCUCUGUCAUUUCAAAAGAUGCAGAUGGAGCAUUGUAUGAGACAACCUGUGGUCAGGUGGUAAACUGUGGUGGUCCUUGGGCAGCAGAAAUAGCAGAGAUGGCAGGAGUGGGUACAGAACCUGGGCUUCUGUCCAUCCCCUUACCUGUACAACCAAGGAAGAGGUUUGUUUAUGUCUUUCACUGUCCUAAUGGCCCUGGUAUAAGUACACCCCUUACUGUGGACACUACGGGGACUUACUUCAGGAGGGAGGGACUCGGAGGCAUGUAUAUAUGUGGGGCAUCUCCAGAAUCAGAGGAAGAGGAACCAUCGAUUGAUAAUAUGGAUGUUGAUUAUGAUUUCUUCAAUGAAAAAAUAUGGCCUAGAUUAGCUCACAGAGUUCCAGCAUUUGAAAAUAUCAAGUUAAAAAGUGCUUGGGCAGGUUUCUAUGACUACAACAUCUGGGACCAAAAUUUGAUUAUUGGACAACAUCCAAUGAUACCAAACUUUUAUUUUGCAAAUGGAAUGAGUGGACAUGGUCUUCAGCAGUCAAUCUGUAUUGGAAAUGCCAUCAGUGAAAUGCUGCUGCGCAGGAAGUACAAAUCAGUGGACUUAAGCAGAUUCUCAUUUGAAAGGAUAAUUGAUGGAGAGAAAGUGUGUGAGGAUUUUAUUGUGUGAUUUCUCAGAAAAUCAGUAGCUUUGUUGUGAUCAAAUUUUACAGAUUUCAUACUAGUCCUUUAUCAGGAAUAUUCAGACUGGUCAUAUAGGCAAAUAAAAAAAAUAAUGCAUGUAUUUAGAUUCUCAGGCACAGCCUUUUUCUGCUGAAAGAAAUAUUGAAAGGAAGAUAACUCAACUUUGUAUUUGAAUUGAAUUAUUCCCCUUUUCAUUGUAAAGUUAAAGGAAAAGAAAGAUAACUCUUGCAGUAAAACCCCAUGCCUGUUGCAAAGUUUUUUUUCCUUGUCUUAUCAUCACUUUUUGUUGACAUGCAAGUUUAUAGUCUUUAUACAAAUUGUUUGUCAGGGAUAUGCGUACUUGUCCUCAAUGUUUUGUGCUUCCCAGCAAGAUUUAUAACUUCUGUACAUGAAUAAAAAUUACUUAAUGAUGCAUAAUGUAACUAGUAAAAGAAUUUAGUUAUAGAAGGUUCAUGGUUUUAAUAUCAAUAUAUUUCUUUAAGGGACACAUUGAAUUGUGUUUAUGAUUUAUCAAUUUUAAGAGUUUUGUUUUCUUUGUUUGUUAAA